CUCUCUUUUCAUGCCAUAACCACACCACCCUCAAUAUCUUAUCUAAUUUUUGACCCUUUUAAUCCUUUCAAAAGGGUUUAAUUCCAAGGGUUUUUUUUUUUCUUUUAAUCCUUUCAAAAGGGUUUAAUUCCAAGUUUUUUUGUCAUCAUUUCAAUAAGUUUCUUGUUUUUACCACUUUUUUUUCAAGAUUAAAUGGCAUCAGGGGGGUGGAGUUUUCUCAAAGUUCUUGAAAAUCCAUCAACCGAUUCCAAAAAACUUGAUCAAAACGACACCGUUUAUGUCCAUCCAAUGGUCAAACGCUCUGCAUCUGCAUUGAGUACCAAGAGCUUAGAAAUGUGUACGGAGAGUUUAGGAAGUGAGACUGGAAGUGAUGUUAGUGAAAGUGGUGAUGAGUUUUGUGCACUUUCAUUGGAGGAAAGGGAGAGAUUGAGGGCAAUUCAACGGUCAAAGUACCGGAGUUUUGACCGAAAAAUACGUCGAAAUGACUUUCCGCCACCGUUGAACUCCAUUAGCAGCUCGGAUGGGGCGCUGAAGGUGAGGCACCAUAGGGAGGGUGGGAGGUUGGUUAUAAAGGCUGAGAGUUUUUCUAACUGUGGUACAAGUUUUCAAGCGGAACGCAUAAACGGGAGGCUUAAGCUUUCGUUGUUGAAGGGGUGUAAUGUAAAUUAUGAAAGUGAAGGGGAUGAAACGGAAAGUUGUGAAAGUGAAGGGGGUGAAAUGGGAAGUUAUGAAAGUGAAGGGGGUGAAAUAGAAAAUUUUGAAGAAGGUGGCUCGUCGGAGGAGGAGGAAGAGGAGGGCGGUGAUUUGCGAUGCGAUAUCAACGGAAACCGGUGGACGAUGGGUGGAUCAGGGGAGUUGAAGAUGCUAACUAGGUGCAAGGAGGGUGGAAAUGGCAACAAAGUGUUUGCAAAUUGGGGUUCUUGUAGGGUGGCAAUUUCUUGAAAAAAAACAAAUUAAUUAUUGGGAUUUAGAUGAUUUUAAAUUCUCGAUUAUUAUUAUUAUUAUUGUGAUUUUAAUGGGUUUUCUAGUUAUUUUUGAUAUCCUAUGUAUAGGGUAUUUCUAAUAGAGUUGGUCGUUAUUAUGGUUAUUGCAAA